AUGGCGACAUUAGAUCAAAAUGGAACCCUAAUGAAUCACCUUGCCGCUCACGGAAUGUACACUCAGCGAAAUGUUCCGCAACGUUUCGCCCAGCAGCACCCGAUCGUUGCUCAAAAUCGCCAGAGUCUGAUCAAGCCUCAGCAGCAGAGAUACCCGCCAAUAUUUGAAAUUCCAGACAACGAAGAGCUCGGAAUAUCUAUAGGAAAGCACGUGAAAGUUCAUGCAGUCAUCGCUGGCAAAGAAAUAUCCCGAAACUACACUCCAGUGUCGACAGUGAACGAACGAGGGCACUUUGAUCUAGUUAUUAAAGUCUAUUUUCCCAAUGAUGAGUUUCCUUCCGGCGGACUAAUGAGCCAGCAGAUGGAUUCACUCAAUAUUGGCGAUGAAAUGGAUUUCAGUGCUCCGUACGGCACGAUCGAAUAUCGUUCUGAUUUGGAUCAAUUCACUGUUUCCGGUGGACGAAAAUUAACAGGGCUUAAAAAUAUUGGUUUAUUAGCCGUUGGAACUGGAAUUACUCCAAUGUGGCAACUUAUUCAAGAAAUUUUCAGCAAUGAAAGAAUUGGCUCGAGAAUUACUCUCCUCUACGGAAAUCGCUACGAACACGACAUUCUUCUGCGCGAUCGUCUCGAGAAGCUUGCAAAAGCUUAUCCAACUCGCUUCAAAGUGAUUUUCACACUCUCCAAACCUGACUUUACAUGGGACAAAGAAAAGGGCAGAAUAGGGAAAGAAAUGAUCGAGAAAUACUUUCCAGCUGAAAAAAUCGACGCUUGUUUUCUCUGUGGCACUAUAAGAAUGAUGGACGAUGCAAAAACACAUUUAACUUCCAUAGGUGUGACAAGCCAAAUGUCCGACACACCGACGACAACAGACGAUGAAGAAGAAAAUGAUAUCCUAGUCAAGCGCGGAGAACUGUUCAAAUGGACCAACUACCUCUCUGGCUGGCAAUGUCGAUAUGUUAUCAUCGAGCGAGGCACUCUUGCUUACUACAAAUCAGAGUCAGAGAUGGACUUCGGCUGCAGAGGGCUUGUUCAACUGGACAAGAUUGAAAUCGUGACGCACGAUUUCGACCCGCCUCGAUUUGACCUGCUCUUGUCAGACGGAACAAGCUGGUAUUUCAGAGCAGAGAGCGAGGAAGAGAAAAAUUGCUGGUUAGAACUCCUGGAAGAUGCCAAGUCAGAUGUUCUCUCUGGACGCGUUCAUCGAGCAGGAUCAUUGUCAAUUGGCUCGCGAAGUCUUCACUCGAGCUCGUCGCAGCGCAAAACUGCCGCUUCUGUUGAAAGAAAAAUUGAAGAACUCAAAACCUAUCGUGAAAUUUUAGUGGGUCAAAUUGACUCACUUCAAGAGUACUUCGACGAGAUGGGGCAGAGAGACGAGUUGGAAAAUGAAAAUAAGGAGUCUCAGACAUCUGGAAAAAAUAUGAUCGACUUCAAAGGAGAAGCAAUAACUUUCAAAGCAACGACUCUUGGUGUUCUAUCGACGCUUCAACAUUGUUUGGAUUUGAUGAGUACCGAAACGGAGAGCUGGAAGAGAAAACUGAAUAAAGCCACGAAGACAAAGGAAAGUCUGGCAAAGCAGCUCGCCAUCGCCUCGCAACCAGAUCUUGAAGGCCCUAACCGUCCUAUUACAGAAGAAGAAUUCUUUGAUGCUGUAGAAGAAGUUCUCGAUAAACGAGAUCAGCUUGAAAAAGAGCUCAAUGAAAACAGCCGAUUGAAGAGUCAAGUACGCGCUCCAUCAGAACAUCAUGUGCACUCUGUCGCUUUGGACUUCAAAAUCAGGGAUCAUCUUGAAACGACGAUAGCUCCCGCUGCAAAUGGCGAAAACGGGUCUUGGGAACUAUUCUGCGAAGACGGCGAAAUGAAGCUUUUCACGCGCGAAGUUGAACUAGAAGGAGGUGUUUGUGUUGAUCCCUUGCGAGCUGUCCACGUCGUCGACAACAUCAGCGCUAAAGAAAUCUGUACACGAUUCUGGGACACCGAAGUUCGCCUUGAAUGGGAGCUCACAAUCGAAACUUGCCGCGUCUGCGAGGUUUUAUCUGACAGAGACGUCGUUUUGUAUCAAACGCACAAACGAGUGUGGCCCGCUGCCCAGCGAGAUGUUUGCUACGUUUCUGGGUUGAGGGAAAUCCGACUUGAGAAGAUUGCUUACAAGGAGCCCGAGUUGGAGCGAUUCGGCGAGCUCAAGAACUGCUGGCUCGUAAUCAACUACUCGGUCGAUCAUGAUGGUGCAAAACUCCAACCUGGGAUGGUUAGAGCUACUGUUGAUGUAGCAAUGAUCUGCAGAACAUAUGUUCGCCACGGAGUCACAAAUCCUACAAGAAAAGACAUUAAAACCUCAAUUGUGUAUACAGCUACGAUCAAUCCAGGUGGUUGGGUGCCAAAGAAAGCCCUUAGAACUGUAUAUAGACGCGAAUAUCCACGAUUUUUGAGAACCUUCACUCAGUACGUUGCAAAAAAAGAACAAGAUCUCAGCUUGAACCUCUAA